AUGGUUCGUUCAAGAAAACUUGAUAACAAAAGUCCUUGUACUCCAGAAAUAGCUGCUCUUUUAACUUGUUGGGCAACUAGUUCAACUGAUUCUCCUUCAUGUAUACAAACUGUUCAAGCACUUACCGAGUGUAUGCGUAAAGUGCCAAAAAAAUCACAACAUGCGACUACAAUCAAUUACCAUUUAGCUCGCCUUGGUAAAUUCUUGUAA